AUGGGAACCAAUACUAAUAACCUUCACCACCAGUCUAGUAAUAGAAUCCAAGGCAAACGACAUAUCAAACAUAGUCCUAACUUGACUCCGUUCAAUGAAACACAAAAUGCUUCGAAUUUCUUAAUCAAAUCAUCAACUCCUUAUAUAUCAGCUAUUAAACAAAUCACCAAAAAAUUGAAUAAAUUCUCCAAGUCAAAAAACAGUCAUACAGUAAAUAAAUUUCAAAAUGAACAAUAUAAAACCAUCAAAUAUAUAACGGUGAAAGGUAUGGGUAAAACAAUUGAAAAAGUGGCGAGUAUUGGUAUUCAUUUCCAGAAAGAUUAUAAAGUUGAUGUGUUAACAAGGUCUAUUACAGUUUUAGAUGAGUUUGCACCAAUUGAAUCAAACCAAGAGCCUAAAAAUGAGGGAAGCAGUCAUAAUGAUGAUGAGGAGGACGAGGAGGAGGAUACUAUAUAUGAAAAACGUACGGUGAGUUCUAUAGAGAUUAGAAUUUGGAUAAAACGAGAUUAA